GUGGGGGCUGGCCCUUGGCCCUCCAACCCCUUUACCCCACAUGCCUGGGAAGCCAGGGGCCAACAUGGAUCUUGUCCUUGACAUCAGCUAAGCCUAGAGGACUCUUCCCUCAGAGACCAUGGAGAGGGACAGCCACGGGAAUGCAUCUCCAGUGAGAACACCUUCAGCUGGAGCAUCUCCAGCCCAGGCAUCUCCAGCUGGGACACCUCCAGGCCGGGCAUCUCCAGCCCAGGCAUCUCCAGCUGGGACACCUCCAGGCCGGGCAUCUCCAGCCCAGGCAUCUCCAGCUGGGACACCUCCAGGCCGGGCAUCACCAGCCCAGGCAUCUCCAGCCCGAGCAUCACCAGCCCAGGCAUCGCCAGCCCAGGCACCUCCAGUCCGGGCAUCUCUAGCCCAAGUAUCUCCAGUCAGGGCAUCUCCAGUCAGGGCAUCUCCAGCCAGGGCAUCUCCGGCUCGGUCCUCACCUUCCAGGUCCUCAUCCAGCAGGUCAUCAUCUGCCAGGUCAGCCUCCGUGACAACCUCCCCAACCAGAGUGUACCUUGUUAGAGCAACACCAGUGGGGGCUGUACCCAUCCGAUCAUCUCCUGCCAGGUCAGCACCAGCUGCCAGGGCCACCAGGGAGAGCCCAGGUACGAGCCUGCCCAAGUUCACCUGGCGGGAGGGCCAGAAGCGGCUGCCGCUCAUCGGGUGCGUGCUCCUCCUCAUUGCCCUGGUGGUUUCGCUCAUCAUCCUCUAUGGGGGACGAGAGCCCCAGAGUUCAAGAGGGAUUGCAGUCCAGUUCUGGCGGGGCCACACAGGGAUCAGGUACAAGGAGCAAAGGGAGAGCUGUCCCAAGCAUGCUGUUCGCUGUGACGGGGUGGUGGACUGCAAGCUGAAGAGUGAUGAGCUGGGCUGCGUGAGGUUUGACUGGGACAAGUCUCUGCUUAAAAUCUACUCUGGGUCCUCCCAUCAGUGGCUUCCCAUCUGUAGCAGCAACUGGAAUGACUCCUACUCAGAGAAGACCUGCCAGCAGCUGGGCUUCGAGAGUGCUUACCGGACAACCGAGGUUGCCCACAGGGAUUUUGCCAACAGCUUCUCAAUCUCAAGAUACAACUCCACCAUCCAGGAAAGCCUCCACAGGUCUGAAUGCCCUUCCCAGCGGUAUAUCUCUCUCCAGUGUUCCCACUGCGGACUGAGGGCCAUGACCGGGCGGAUCGUGGGAGGGGCGCUGGCCUCGGAGAGCAAGUGGCCUUGGCAAGUGAGUCUGCACUUCGGCACCACCCACAUCUGUGGAGGCACGCUCAUUGACGCCCAGUGGGUGCUCACUGCCGCCCACUGCUUCUUCGUGACCCGGGAGAAGGUCUUGGAGGGCUGGAAGGUGUAUGCAGGCACCAGCAACCUGCACCAGUUGCCUGAGGCAGUCUCCAUCGCCGAGAUCAUCAUCAAUAGCAACUACACCGACGAGGAGGACGACUAUGACAUCGCCCUCAUGCGGCUGUCCAAGCCCCUGACCCUGUCCGCUCACAUCCACCCUGCUUGCCUCCCCAUGCAUGGACAGACCUUUAGCCUCAAUGAGACCUGCUGGAUCACAGGCUUUGGCAAGACCAGGGAGACAGAUGACAAGACAUCCCCCUUCCUCCGGGAGGUGCAGGUCAAUCUCAUCGACUUCAAGAAAUGCAAUGACUACUUGGUCUAUGAUAGCUACCUUACUCCGAGGAUGAUGUGUGCUGGGGACCUUCGUGGGGGCAGAGACUCCUGCCAGGGAGACAGUGGGGGGCCUCUUGUCUGCGAGCAGAACAACCGCUGGUACCUGGCAGGUGUCACCAGCUGGGGUACAGGCUGUGGCCAGAGAAACAAACCCGGUGUGUACACCAAAGUGACAGAAGUUCUUCCCUGGAUUUACAGCAAGAUGGAGAGCGAGGUGCGAUUUGGAAAAUCCUAACCAGCUGGCCUGCUGCUCUGCACAGCACCGGCUGCUGUGAAGACUCUGGCUACAGUGACUGGCCAUGUGUGGCAUCAUCUGGGCUAAUGGCCACCAGGCACCAUCGGACUCUCACCUCCACUGUCUGCUCUGUGUGUGUGUGUGUGUGUGUGUGUGUGUGUACAUAGUGUGCAUUGCCACUCUCGAGUUUUUCAGAAACCAGCAGAGCUGUCAACUCUUCUCAAAAUCCCAGGCUGGAAAUUACCUGGAGACAAGAGCCUGAGUACUGUGGAUGUUCCUACAGGGGUGUCCAUAGAUGGAUGGAGGAGGUGGAGCCCAGAGCCCAAGGAAGGGCCUGGAAUUCUUGCUUCUCUGACCCUCACUUACAGACUAGCCCAGUGUGGACAGAUGCCAGCAACCCAGGUGACGCCAUUGCUGUCCCGGGAUGGAUCGCGGGUUUUGGUGGGUGCAGCUUCCCCGUGCCUGGACUGUCUUCUGUGGAAAGCUGCUCCCGUUGUCGUUAUGAGCAUCGAGCCCUCACUCAGACCUCCUGCUGGAGCCGUAGAUGUCCGCAGCUGAGCUGUGCUGUGGCUAACCAGGCUGACAACGGAGAUGAGGAUUCACUCUACUCAUUUGGUCACAAGCUGCUGGGGCGGGUUUUAUUUUAUUUUAUUUUAUUUUUAUAUUUAAGAAAUGAAAAUACGGGUAUUUUUAAAGAUUCUCCAAAAACUCCAGGAGCCUUGACAGCUAGCAUCAAUCAGCCCAAGACCCCCAGGGGACUCCUGGGAAGUGUCAUAUUUUAAGAGUCCUACAGAAUAUUUCUGGCCUCAAGGGACUGGAUGAAGAGACUGGACUGAGUCCCCAGGAUGGACAUCUCCCAAGUCACUACAGCAUCUGGAGCCCCUAGGAGAUACUCAGGGAAGCAAAUACUCUUUUGGACUGGCAAGCAAAUCUGACAUGACGAGGUCCACAAACUGUUUCUGCAUCCAAGGGCCCUGACAAAGGCAUGAAGAAAUGGAAGCUGUUCCUGCAUAGGCUCCCAAGGGCCCCAGGGAGGUCCAGGUGGAGAGCAUCUCUCAUUCCCAGGGACUGUCCUGGGACUUUGGAAUUUCUUCUCAGCUUUCUCUACCUUUCAAUUUCUCAGUUGUUCUGGAAACAUAAUACUGACAUAAAAACUGCCAUGGAGAGAAACCUAACGUGGUCCCAGGCCCUCCAGGCAGCCCUUCUGAAGGAUCCAAGUUGACCAUGUUCCUGCAAAUCAUCAGUGUGCCUGGACUCACCAGUAAAAGCCUGGGCCUUCCGCAGCCUUUUCUCUGGGGCAGCUAUUCCUCUGCCAGCCGUGCUCCCCUCACCUUCCUUGGGCCCGUCAGGGUCUUUUGUGGUGCUAUGUUUCUCAGAGGCAGGAUCCAAGCAGAUCAACCCAGCCUAGCCCAGCUCAGGCAGGCCGUGGCCGCUCAAGGGAAAGACUGCCCCAGAAGAGCAGGCUGGAGAGGCUGGGCAGGGGCUCAUGGGGCUAGGUACACUGGGGAAUGUUAGCAAGACUGGCAAGGUGGCCACAUUCCUGUCUGCAGCAGCCCCCAGUGAUGGUCUUCAGCAAUAAAAGUUGUGUGACCUGAGA